AUGAAUCCCACAGAUAUAGCAGACACCACCCUGGAUGAAAGCAUCUAUAAUAAUUACUAUCUCUACGAAAACAUCCCUAAGCCUUGCACCAAAGAAGGCAUCAAGGCAUUUGGGGAGCUCUUCCUGCCCCCUCUCUACUCCUUGGUCUUCCUGUUUGGUCUCCUUGGAAACUCUGUGGUGGUUGUGGUCCUGUUCAAGUACAAGAGGCUCAAAUCCAUGACUGACGUGUACCUGCUCAACCUUGCCAUCUCGGACCUGCUCUUCGUGCUCUCUCUCCCCUUCUGGGGCUACUAUGCCGCAGACCAGUGGGUUUUUGGACUAGGUCUCUGCAAGAUUAUUUCCUGGAUGUACCUGGUGGGCUUUUACAGUGGCAUCUUCUUCAUCAUGCUCAUGAGCAUCGACAGAUACCUGGCAAUUGUGCAUGCAGUGUUCUCCCUGAGGGCGAGGACCUUGACGUAUGGGGUCAUCACUAGCUUGGCCACGUGGUCUGUGGCUGUCCUGGCCUCCCUUCCGGGCCUUUUAUUCAGCACCUGUUAUACCGAGCGCAACCAUACCUACUGCAAAACCAAGUACUCCCUCAACUCUACAAGGUGGAAGGUGCUGAGCUCCCUGGAGAUCAACAUUCUGGGAUUGGUGAUUCCCUUGGGCACCAUGCUGUUCUGCUACUCCAUGAUCAUCAGGACACUGCAGCACUGCAAAAAUGAGAAGAAGAGCAAGGCAGUGAGGAUGGUCUUUGCCGUGGUGGCCCUCUUUCUCGGGUUCUGGGCGCCUUACAAUGUGGUGCUCUUCCUGGAGACACUGGUGGAACUGGAGGUCCUUCAGGACUGCACCUUUGAAAGGCACCUGGACUACGCCAUUCAGGCCACAGAGACCCUGGCUUUCGUUCACUGCUGCCUUAAUCCUGUCAUCUACUUUUUCCUCGGGGAGAAAUUCCGCAAGUAUCUCGUGCAGCUCUUCAAAACCUGCAGGGGCCCUUUCAUGCUCUGCCAAUACUGUAGGCUCCUCCAAAUGUACUCCCCCGACACUCCCAGCUCGUCCUACACGCAGUCCACCGGGGAUCACGAUCUUCACGAUGCUCUGUAA